AUGGCGCGGCUGUCGCCGUUGCUGCGCGUCGGCCGGUCCGCGACCGCGGCGGUGUAUCGACCGCUGGUGGGGUUGUUCGGGGGCGCGUGGGGUGACGUCGUCGCGGUGGUAACGGUCGCGACGUCGCCGUUACGCGCGGCGUUCGCAGCCGCCGCGCGUCUCUUCGGCGUCGUCGCCGCGUCGUCGCCGGCGCUUCGAACCGUCUUCGCGCCGAUCGCGGCCGCGUCCAAAGGCGUCGCGCGCGUCGCGUCCGCGGCGACCGCGGUCACGGUCACGGUCACGGCGGCGGGCGGCGGCGGCGGCGGCGGCGCGGCGUCCUCUUUCGCGUGGUGGCUCGACGCGCGGUUAUGGCGCGAGUUUGGCGUGUACGUGUUUCGAGCGACUCAACGCGCGGCGAACGUGUUCGCGUUCGCGCUGACCGCGGCGCUCAGGCACCGGAGAAGCUCGCAGAUCGCGACGCGGAGGUGGUGGCGGCGGACGCGCGCGAAGUGGGCGGCGGCGAAGAACGCGUCGUCGCCGACGGGGAGCGACGGCCACGAGAAGACGGAGUGA